ACUGACCAGAAAUGAGCAAUUUUAAAAGGAUUUCCGAAAGCUAAGGGAAUGGCACUUCACUGCUCCAGAUAAAACAGUUUGGGUACUCCAGUCACCAGCUGGCUUUUGUUGAGUGUCACCAAUCAACAAUCAGGUAGGUUAUGUAUGGAGCAGAAGGCAUAUGCCAGUUGGACUGCAGCCAUGGAGAGACUCCGUGGGCACGGCUCAGCCCUCCCAGACGUACUGUCCUUGGAGAAUCGGUGUCUGGCUACACUUCCUGACCUGAAGGCCACAGGGAGAUUCCAUGGGCAUGGGUCUGCCCAUCCAGACAUCCUAUCCUUGGAGAACCGGUGUCUGGCCACACUUCCUGUCCUGAAGGCCAUGGAGAAAGCACACGGGCAUAUGUCUGCCCGCCCAGACAUCCUCUCCUUGGAGAACCAGUGCCUCACCUCCCUCUCCAGGUUGGAGAGUAUAGUGUCUGCCAGCCCCUUGCUUCAGUGUCUCCAGCCACUGCACACGAUGUCAGCUGACGGAUGCAGCCUGAACACCAGAAAUGCCUGGAAGUCUUGGAGUCUCUCUGAAGGACAAGACCUUGGGUCUUCUCCCGAGGCCCUGAAGCCCACCUCUGCCACAGAGAAGAGUCACACAGCAGCUUCGGGUCAUUGGUCCUAUUUGAAAGAAGAUAAAAAACUGGAAGAGGCGAGCGGAGCCGAGGCCCACAUGCCUGUUUACAGUCUGAGCCUGGGAGACAAGGAGGAGGUGGAGGAGCUGGCUCCGAAGCUCGCUGCCGCUGGGGACGCUGUGUCUCAUCCUGAGCCCACCGACCAGGUCCUUCAGGAAAAGAAGAUGGUUCUCAUGAGCUUGCUGUGUUCCACCGUGGCCUCGAAUGUGAACAGAAAAGAUAAAACUGACAGGACACAGGAUUGCAUCUUCCAUGUUUGCGAAGAACUUGCCGCCUUGGAGCCUGAGUUCAUCCUCAAGGCAGCUCUCUACACCAGGCAGCAGCUGAACAUCCGGGAUGUGGCCAACCAAGUCCUGGCUACUGCUGCCUUCCUGCCGGCCUGCCGCCCUUACCUGCGCCGAUAUUUCUGUGCCGUUGUCCAGCUGCCCUCUGACUGGAUCCAAGUGGCUGAGUACUACCAGAGCCUGGCUGGAGGAAAUGAGAACAAGCUGGUAGCCCUGCCCGCCUGUCUCCGUGCUGCUAUGACAGACAAAUUUGCCCAGUUUGAUGAGUAUCAGCUGGCUAAGUACAAUCUGCGGAAGCACCGGGCCAAGAGCCGUCCCCGCCGGCCCCCACGCUCUCCAAGGACCGAGUGCCCGUUUUCUGAGAGAAAGAGGAACGUGCCGAGGUGCCUCCGGCUUCUGAAACAAGAACAGAAAAAGUUUGAAGCAGCCUACAGUCAUGUGGCAGCGAAGACUCCAUCAAGGUUCACCUUGAAGAAGCUGGUACAGCGAUUGCAUAUCCAUGAGCCUGCUCAGCAUGUCCAAGCCUUGCUGGGCUGCAGAUAUCCCUCCACCCUGCAGCUCUUUUCUCGGAGUCGCCUGCCUGGGCCCUGGGAUUCUAGCAGAGCUGGGAAGCGGAUGAAGCUCUCUAUGCCAGAGACCUGGGAGAGAGAGCUGAGCCUGCAGGGCAACAAAGCUUCCGUCUGGGAGAAACUCAUUGAUGACGGGAAGCUUCCCUACAUGGCCAUGCUCAGGAACCUGUGCAACCUGCUGCGGGUGGGAAUCAGCGCCCGCCACCAUGAGCUGGUCCUACAGCGCCUCCAGCAUGCUAAGUCGGUGAUCCACAGUCGGCAGUUUCCAUUCAGGUUCCUCAAUGCCCAUGAUUCCAUCAAUGUCCUGGAGACUCAACUCAGAAAUAAAGCAUUGCCCUUUCCUUCCAAUACAACAUUGAUGAGGCGGAUACUGAUUAGAACUGUAAGAGAUGACGAGAGGCGCACCCGCGCCCGUCCUCAUGUGUUUUGCAACCCGAGUCGUCAGCAGCUUCGGGCAGCAAUGGCGAUCCCUGUGUUGUACGAGCAGCUCCAGCGAGAAAAGCAGAGACUACACAAAGCCAGGCGGUACACCUAUGACAGUGACAUGUUGGAGCGGUAUCGACAGGCCCUGGAGACAGCCGUGAACCUCUCAGUGCGGCACAGCCUGCCCCCGCUGCCUGGCCGCACCCUCUUGGUCUAUCUGGCUGAUGCUGAUGCAGACAAGCUGUGUCCCAAGAACAACAUACAAGGGCCGCCGAUGAACUACGUGCUGCUGCUGCUUGCCAUGAUGGUCGCGAGGGCGGAACAGGUGGAUCUCUUGCUGUGCGCUGGAGGCACUCUGAAGACCGCGGUGCUUAAGGCAGAAGAAGGCAUCCUGAAGACUUCCACCGAGCUCUACGCUCAAGUCCAGGAGCUGGAGAAAAAGGAUGGUUGGUCCGUGCAUACUUUUGAGAAGUACCUGUGCUCCCUAGCUGCCCGAAGGGUCCCUGUGGACAGGGUCAUCCUCUUUGGCCAGAAGAUGGAUGAGAGAAGGUUAAAUGUAACCAAGCAGCUCUUCUGGCAGCACGUGAAUCCCAAGUGCCUGUUUGUUGGUGUCCUCCUAAAAAAGACGCACUACCUGUCACCAGUUUCGCAUCCCAAUGACGUGACACUCUCAGGCUGUACAGACGGGAUCCUGAAGUUCAUCGCAGAACGCGGAGCCUCCCGCCUUCUGGAACAUGUGGGCCAAAUGGAUAAAAUAUUCAAGAUUCCACCACCCCCAGGAAAGAAGGGAGUCACAUCUCUCCGGCCCGUGGAAGAGAAUGUUCCAAGCCCCCUAGCUCCUAUUUCCCAACCUGGGUGGCGCAAUAUCCGGCUUUUCAUUUCAUCCACUUUCCGGGACAUGCACGGGGAGCGGGACUUGCUGCUGAGGUCUGUGCUGCCAGCCCUGCAGGCCCGAGCUGCACCCCACCGCAUCAGUCUACACGGAAUUGACCUGCGCUGGGGCAUCACGGAGGAGGAAACCCGCAGGAACAGGCAGCUGGAGGUUUGCCUCGGGGAGGUGGCGAGUUCCCAGCUGUUUGUGGGGAUCCUGGGCUCCCGCUAUGGCUACGUUCCCCUGGACUACAACCUACCUGAUCACCCUCACUUCCACUGGGCCAAGCAGUACCCUGCAGGACGCUCUGUGACGGAGAUGGAGGUGAUGCAGUUCCUGAAUCGGGACCCAGGUCUGCAGCCUGCUGCCCAGGCUCUCAUCUACUUCCGGGAUUCAAGCUUCCUCGGCUCUAUGCCAGAUGCCUGGAAAUCGGACUUUGUUUCUGAGUCUGAGGAGGCUGCGCGUCGGGUCUCAGAACUGAAGGGCUACCUGAGCAGACAGAAAGGAAUUACCUGUCGCAGAUACACCUGUGGGUGGGGGGGUGUGGCUGCUGGCCGGCCCUACGUUGCAGGGCUAGAGGAGUUUGGGCAGUUGGUUCUGCAAGACGUGUGGGACAUGAUCCAGAAGCUUUACCUCAAGCCUGGGACUCAGCCAGAGCAGCCGGCCUCCGACUCUGACGAUGAUGCGGUCCAGGCCACCUUUCAGCAGCUGCAGAAGCCCCUGAGUUCUGCCCGCCCACGCCUUCUUCAGGACAUGGUGCAGCAGCUGAUGCUGCGCCGGGAGAGGCUGAGCCUGGUGACCGGGCCGUCAGGACAGGGCAAGACUGCCUUUCUGGCAUCCCUCGUGUCAGCACUGCAGGCUCCUGAUGGCGCCAAGGUGGCGCCCGUAGUCUUCUAUCACUUUGCAGGGGCUCGUCCUGACCAAGGUCUUGCCCUCACCCUACUCAGACGCCUCUGUACCCAUCUGCACAGCCAAUUGCAUGAGCCAAGUGUCCUGCCCAGCACGUACCGAGGCCUAGUGUGGGAGCUGCAGCAGACGCUGCUGCCCAAGUCAGCCGAGUCCCUGAAACCUGGCCAGACCCUGGUCCUGAUCGUUGAUGGGGCUGACAGGUUGGUGGACCAGAAAGGGCAGCUGAUCUCAGACUGGAUCCCGAAGACCCUUCCUCGGUGGGUGCAUCUGGUGCUGAGUGUGUCAAGCGAUGGGAGCCUCGGGGAGACUCUUGAGCAAAGCCAGGGUGCCCAUGUGGUGGCCCUGCGGGCGCUGGAGCCAUCUGCCCGGGCCCAGCUGGUGAGAGAGGAGCUGGCUUUAUACGGGAAGCGGCUGGAGGAGUCUCCAUUUAAUAACCAGAUGCAGCUGCUGCUGGUGAAGCGGGGCUCAGGCCUGCCACUGUACUUGCGCUUGGUCACCGAUUACCUGCGGCUCUUCACGCUCUAUGAGCAGGUGUCCGAGAGACUCCGCACCCUGCCCGCCACUGUCCCCUUGCUGCUGCAGCACAUCCUGAGUACCCUGGAGCAAGAGCAUGGGCCCCAUGUCCUUUCCCAGGCCUUGGCCACCCUUGAGGUCACCCGGAGCGGUCUGACUGUGGACCAGCUGCAUGGAGUGCUGAGUGCUUGGAGGACUCUGCCCAAAGGGACCAAGAGCUGGGAAGAGGCACUGGCUGCUGGGAACAGCAGAGAGCCCUAUCCCAUGGGACCCUUUGCCUACCUUGUCCAGAGUCUACGCAGUUUACUAGGAGAGGGCCCUCUGGAGCGCCCUGGGGCCCGCCUCUGCCUCUCUGAUGGGCCUCUGAGGACAGCAGCCAGGCGUCGCUAUGGGAAGAAGCCAGGACUGGAGGACACGGCACACAUCUUCAUUGCUACCCAGCUCUGGAAGACAUGUGAUCCUGAUGGCUUGGGCACCUUCCGAAAUUGCCCUCCAGAGGCUCUGGAGGACCUGCCUUACCACCUGCUCCAGAGUGGGAACCGGGGCCUUCUUGCCAAGUUCCUCACCAGUGUCCACGUGGUGGCUGCACACCUGGAACUGGGUCUGAUCUCUCGCCUCCUGGAGGCCCACGCCCUUUAUGCUUCUUCAGACCCUGACGAGGAACAGCCGCUCCCUGAGGCUGAUGUUGCUGUUUUUCGCACCUUCUUGAGGCAGCAGGCGCCAAUCCUCAGCCAGUACCCCGUCCUGCUGGCCCAGCAGGCGGCCAACCAGCCUCAGGACUCGCCUCUCUGCUGCCAGGCCCCCCUGCUGUCCCAGCGAUGGCACCUCCAGCACAAGCUACAGUGGCUUAAUAAGCCCCAGUCCAUGAGCGAUCAACAAAGCUUCAGCGUGUCUCUGCCAGUCUCCUCCUCCCCCACAGCUGUGGCCAUCUCCCCCAGUGGGCAGAGAGCAGCUGUGGGCACUGCCAAUGGGACGGUUUACCUACUGGACCUGAGAGCCUGGCAGGAGGAGAAGUCUGUGGUGAGUGGCUGUGACGGCGUCUCCUGCUGUUUGUUCCUCUCAGACAACACGCUCUUUCUCACUGCCUUUGAUGGGCUACUGGAGCUCUGGGACCUGCAGCAUGGUUGCAGAGUGCUCCAGACCAAAGCCCACGCGUACCAAAUCACUGGCUGCUGCCUGAGCCCGGACCGCCGGUUGCUGGCCACAGCCUGCCUGGGAGGAUGCCUGAAGCUCUGGGACACAGUCCGUGGGCAGCUGGCCCAGCAGCACACUUGUCCCAAGUCCCUGAACUGCAUUGCCUUCCAUCCAGAGGGUCAGAUGAUAGCUGUGGGCAGCUGGGCUGGAAGCUGCAGCUUCUUCCAGGUGGAUGGGCUCAAAGUCAUCAAGGAACUGGGGGCCCCAGGAGCCUCUGUUCGUACCUUGGCCUUCAACGCACCUGGGAAGGUUGUGGCUGUAGGCCGGCUGGACAAGACAGUGGAGUUAUGGGCCUGGCAGGAGGGGGCUCGGCUAGCUGCCUUCCCGGCUCACUAUGGCCCUGUAUCUGCUGUGCUUUUCCUGCAUGCGGGGCACCAGUUGCUGACGGCUGGAGAGGAUGGCAAGGUCCAAGUGUGGUCAGAGUCCCUUGGCCAACCCCUUGGGUGUCUUGGUUCCCUUUCCCUCUCUCCUGCCCUCUCCGUGGCCCUCAGCCCAGAUGGUGAUCGGGUGGCUGUUGGAUACCGAGCAGAUGGCAUUAGGAUCUACAAAAUCCCUUCAGGUCCCCAGGGCAUUCUUUGUCAAGCACUCGAUGUGGCAGUGUCUGCACUGGCAUGGCUAGGCCCUGACGUGCUGGUGAGUGGGGCAGAAGACGGCUCCCUGCAGGGCUGGCUGCUCAAGGAGGGCUCUCUCCGGUCCCUCUGGCUUCUGGCCAGACACCAGAAACCUGUGCUGGGACUGGCCACCUCCCAGCAACUCCUGGCUUCUGCCUCAGAGGAUUUCACAGUGUGCCUGUGGCAGAAGCAGCUGCUGAAGGGGCCACAUAAGGCCGAAGAUGUUCCUCAUGGCAUUGAGCUCCGGGGACACGAGGGUCCUGUGAGCUGCUGUAGCUUCAGCAGUGAUGGAGGCAGCCUGGCCACGGGGGGCAGGGACCAGAGUCUCCUUUGCUGGGAUGUGAGGACCCCUCAAACACCUGUUCUGAUCUGCACCUUCGUUGCCUGUCACCGUGACUGGAUCACUGGCUGUGCCUGGACCAAAGACAACCUGCUGAUCUCCUGCUCCAGUGAUGGCUCUCUGGGUGUCUGGGACCCAAAGUUGAGGCAGCAGCUUGGUCAGUUCCUGGGUCAUCAGAGUGCUGUGAGCUCCAUGGUGGCCAUGGAAGAGCAUGUGGUGUCUGUCGGCCGGGACGGGACCUUGAAGGUGUGGAACCAGAAGGGUGUAGAGCUGACCAGCAUCCCUGCUCACUCCAAGCCCAUCAGCCAGUGCGCAGCUGCCCUGUGGCCCCGUGCAGCUGGACAGCCUGGGUCAGAGCUGCUUGUGGUGACUGCUGGACUGGAUGGGGCCACACGGUUGUGGCAUCCACUCUUGGUCUGCCAAACACACACCCUCCUGGGCCACAGCGGGCCAAUCAGCGCGGCUGCCGUUUCAGAGAGUUCAGGCCUCCUGCUGACUGCAGCAGAGGAUGCUUCCAUUCGGCUCUGGCAGGUGCCUAAGGAGGCAGAUGGCACAUGUAUGCCCAGAAGUUCUGCACCCAUUACUGCUGUGGCCUGGGCCCCAGAUGGCUCCUUGUCAGUGUCUGGAAAUGCAGCUGGGGAACUAACCCUGUGGCAGGACACUAAGGCUGUGGCCACAGCACAGACCUCAGGCUACAUCAGUGCUCUGAUCUGGUACUCUGCACACUCCAUUAUUGUCAGUGAUGAUGAAAAAGUCACCGAGUGGCAAGUGGAACUGCAGAAGGGUAUGACACCCAGAAAUUUCAGUCUUCGUCUGAACCGAGUUCUGCAGGAGGACUUAGGGAUGCUGACAGCAAUGCACCUGGCCCCUGAUGGUCAGUCCCUUAUCUUGGUCAAAGAGCUGGAAUUACUACACAUGAAGCUAGGAGAGGCUCCCUCUGUAAUCUGGGAGAACUGCUUUGAUCAACCCGUAGUGACAUCCACCCACAAGGAUUAUGGUGUGUUUGUUCUGCCAUCAAGCAAAACUGCGUUUCUUUUUUUACUCAAGCAAGACGAAUCAGGAGAGUUCUCAGGAGGCCUGGACUUCAUCCUGCAGGGUCCUAGUGGCGCCCUGAAAUCACUCACACAGGCCAAACCCGGGUCGGAGUCCUCGGUUUUGUUACCGAGCUCAGAUGGGACUCUAUGGAACCUGGCUGAAUGCACCCAAGAAGGAGAAUGGAACACAGGUAACAUUUGGCAGCAAAAAACAAAACUUCCUGAAACCCAGACUCCAGGGACAGACCCAGCAGAGAGCUCUGAAUCAGAUAAUGCGGAGUACUGCCCAGUAAUUACAAACCUAACCCCACGGUGGCAAAGAAAGAUCCAUUCGGGCUCUGUCACAGCCCUGCACGUGCUGCCCGAGUUGCUGGUGACAGCAUCGAAGGACAGGGAUGUGAAGUUAUGGGAGAAAUCCAGCAUGGAACUGCUGGGCCUGUUCCGAUGCGAAGGGGCAGUGUGCUGCUUGGAACCUUGGCUUGGUCCUAACUCCACACUGAAACUCAUGGUGGGAGACACACAGGGCAAUGUGUACUUUCUGUCCUGGGAAUGAAGAUGCUUUCCUCAGGGAGAAAAAUGAAGACAGUAGUGGGCACUUUCUUAACACGAUGAUUAAAAUAAAGUACCAGAAGAUCCCAA